AUGACGACAAACGCACCUUACUACCAAAUGCGUUCCGGCCAGUUCAUUACCACGUCCAACAGCACAAACGCUGCACCGCCCCAAUUCGUAGCCGAAGACGAAGAAUAUGAUUUGGCUGGCCCCGCUGCUGUUACAGCGCCGCUCAAUCAUCAUCUCAGCCCACAUUUGUAUGCGGAACACACUGCGCGACAGACGUCUGUCGACCAUACACUGGAAGAGAAUCACAAUCUUGUAGAGUUGCUGGAGGCUGCCACAGCUGCUGGUCACGCUGCUCAAAUUAUGGAUACAAGUGAUACAGGUAGGAGUAAAAGGAAAAGGCCGACUGGCUCUCCGGCUGCAGAUUCCUCCCACAAAGCAGAUGAACCCAUGAAUACCAGACGGAGAAGACUCGAAGGACCUACAGACCCUCGAUUGCAAGGCGGUAUCUGUGAAAUGGGUGAGGAUUUCGUCGAUGACAAUCCAUCACCCUCCAGUGAGCGUCAACCCAGCAAUGCUCGCGCUGCAGGUGUCCAUUCUGCUGCUGCUCUCUUCCGUCGGUCUUCAGAGAGAACAGCUCGUAAACACACACGCCCGCCAAUGUCCAAGCUAUUCAUCUCUCUUCGGCUCAGCCCUGAGAACUUUCUCCAACUUCAAGCGUCUGCCAAAGCAUACAUGCUUGACUCGUCACACCCCGAAAGACAAAGUUGCGUUGGCAAUCGUGGCAAGGGAGACAACGAUAUGGUUAAACUGAGGCUCUUCAACUGUGUCCGCGACUUCUUGAGCAACGGGGUGGGCGAACAGUUCUUUGGUGAGCAUGUGGAAAAGCCAGAGGAAAAUGAUACCAUAGAAGCCGCUCGUGCGCUGGGAGAGAUGGAGACGCCCGAGGCAAGUCCUCGACUCAUUUGGCCAAGAGAUGGUAACAAGAUUAUUAGUCUCGUCACUCCUCUCAUGAGACGCAUGGUCACGAACGAGCGACAACGACAGUAUGCAAUUGAGACGAGGAAAGGGGGCUCUAAGCAAAAAGAGAAGGAAAGCAGUGUGAAGGCUGUUACUCAGCAAGGUGGGAAUCGCGACGAACACGAGCUCGAGCAUCACUUGCAACCCGCAUUCGAUCCUAACCUGAGUCAUCAUUGCCGAUAUUCACAGACAAUUCUGCCGUCAUCACCGACAUCUGUCGCUCUCGAGCAACGGUCAUCACAGGACCAGGUAUGUCUUGCGGAUUUGGAACAAAAGACACAUGACCAUGCAACAAUAGCUUUAAGUUCAAAGUUAUCAAGGACGGGCACGGCCAAUCCCAACCUGAGGCAUAUCAACAUAUUUCUUGUAAGGCCCUCAUCUGGCACCACGUCAGACGCCAAAAUCGGCGAGAGACGCAUCACCGCCGAAGCACAAUCACACCUGGCCUGGUAUGACUAUAACGACUUUGUGAAUGAGGCUGUCUCGCUAUUGCAAACUGCUAAAGAUAGUCAUCCCGAACUGGAGUCGUGGAUGGGGUCUCUCCAGGCACCAGACAACGACCUCCGCGGACUUGCGGCUGCUGCCAAUGCACUGCAAACUGAGGAUGUCCCUCAAGGGUCUGUGGCAAUUAGCAAAUGCACCGGAAUGCCUCCAGCUGAUGAUGUGUCGGAUGUAUUACCACCCCCUGCCUCUGCACCCGCUCUCCGUCCCACCAUGGAUAAAUGCAACAAUAGCGGCAGCAGGCUGCUCUCCCGCUGUGUCAUCAAAUCUAUCGGGCCCGAUGGGUGGCGCCAUAUUCGCAAUGCUGACGACUGGUAUAGCGUGUUGAGAGAAAAGGCGUUUGCCGUCUGGGCGGAUGGCAUCUGUAAUGUAGUUGUUGAGUUGGUGGAUCCGUCGGCCGUGGGUGGGUAA